UCCUAGAAAUCAUAAUCACUUUUAAAUUAUGUUUUUAUUUUUCCAAGGAAUUUAAAUAAAAAAAUAUAUAAAUUUUAAUUAAAAUAAGAACAAAUUCUCGAUAAUAAUAAAAAUUAAACGUGAAAAAGCUAUAAAUCAACGCUAUGAACAAUAUGAAAACAUUAAAUAUGCCAACGAUAACAGAUAAAACCGCGCACAAGUGUUGUCAUGCGGUGUAUGCCUCCGCUGUUCCACAAUACCAACAAUAUCAGCCACAACAGCAACAACCAUUUGCUGGAGCUCAAUAUGCCCAACCUUUGCAACAGGCCCAAUAUAAUCCUGCCGCUGCUGCUGCUCCCCAAGUAGCUGCUUAUCAACCAGCUGCCGCUACUCCCUAUGCCCAAACUUUGCAACAAUAUCAACGUCAACAACAACAGCAACAACAACCUCAAGUACAAGCUCAAGCUGCUCAACAGCAAUAUGCUGAACAAUUGAGAGCCUACUAUGCCCAGCAACAACAACAACAGCAGCAACAACAGCAAUUGUAUGCCCAACAACAGCAACAACAACUUUUGAAACAACUCUACUCCAGCCAACCUACAGCCGCCUCUGUACAAGCCACCCCUGCCACCGUGGCUCAGCCCCAACAGGCCAAUCAAUACUUCACCGCCGAACAAUAUGCCAGCUACUUGACCAGCCAACAACAACAACAAGCCCUCAAUGAACAACAAUACUACUCAGCCCCCACCCAAGCUACUCACACUCAAGCCUAUACCACCACUGCUACACCUGCCACUUCCUCCACCACUGCUCCUCGCAAUGGUUUGCAAUACUCUGCCGCCGAUCAAGUGUCGCAUGUCAAAUUCCAAAGUGGCAAUUUGGCCUAUAACUUUUAAUUUCUAGCUUAAACGCUUCCGUGUGAGCCUUAACAAAAAGGUUGCGGUUGAUUAGCAUCGUUGAGUGCCGCCUUUUUUGUGUUCUUAGUGUGUUUUGUUUUCUUUUAUUUUUCAAAAUUUGUUCCCUUUUUUUUUUUUUUUGUAAAAUUAUUUAAUUAUUUAUCUUGAUUUACCUAGUUUUAGUUGCAA